UUUAUCAUUUAGCAAUGUUAUAAUUACUGAAUGUGAGUGAUUAGUAUAACGGUAUACCAAUCUAUACCACACUUAUUGCUUACUAGUAUUGGGUCAUUUUUGGUACGCACACAACAGGAUAAUAACCAUGGAAAUAGUAAUUAAAUUAAUAGUUUUUUAUGUCCACAAUACAGUAGUGAAAAGGUACAAGACAUUAUACAACAAAUCUUUAUAGUACACUCCAUCUUCAAUUUAAGUGCUGUUUUGCUUUAACCUACCUGAGAAUGAUCACGACAUGCAUGCUACAUGCAUGUUACAGUCAUGGCUGAGUGAUAAAUCACAGCAUUGUGAGUUGACUGGUUAAGGUUACCUUAACUUGGGCUGAAAGGUUACCUUAGGUUUAAGAGAGAGUAAUUAGCAGAUUAUCAUGGUUGCAGGAUCGAGAUGGAGAGAUAUUUUUAUGGUUAGGCAGAUAUGAAUGGUCGCAGGGCGCAUACAUAAUCCGGCACAAAGGAUUAUUGUCUAUACAUGCACAGUCUAGGUGGUUUGCACUCCUUGAGUGCAUGCAUGCUGUAACCACACAAAGCAUAGUGCAAGUUGAAUCUGGCAGUACACUACAUGACAGUUAGAAAUCAGUAAAAAUGAGACUUGCAACUUUGUAUUUUUGCAUUCUUGCUGCACUCCUGCUCUAUCCUGCAAAUGGCAGCAAGCCAUUGGUGAAAGCCCCAACAGGAGCCACUAUUACUGGUCACCAUAUUGUGGUGCUCAAGCAAGAUUCUUCCGAGAUUAACCUGCACAAAGUAAUGGAGAAGGUGAAGAGGAUGUCGGAUGAUGUCACUGUGCAUCGCUACACUGAGCAUGUGGGGAAGACAUUCACUGUGGAUGCACCAGAACAUGUCUUGGACAAGAUACGUCAUUUGGAAGAAGUCAGGCAUAUUGAGGAAGAAGACAUGGCGUUUGAGGCUGGUGUUUCAUGUUCCGGCGCUGACGGAGUUAACACAACUUGUUAUCUCUGGUUUCUAGACCGACUUAAUCAGCUUAAUCUUCCCUUAGACCACAUUUUCACUAACACUUUCAAUGGUGAAGAAGAAAGGGCUGUCGAUGUGUACGUUUUGGACAGUGGAAUUGAAUUCGAGCAUUAUGAAUUUGAGAAUCGAGCAAAGUAUGCUGGCUAUGAUCCUGUGGAUGAGUACCAUUUUACCACAUUGAAAACACCUGAUUAUAAACCCCAUAAUGGAAGAGAUUGCAAUGGACAUGGAACUUUGGUUGCCAGCUUGAUUGGAGGAAAAACAUUUGGAACGGCAAAGAAAGUGAAUCUUUUGAGUGUUAGAGUACUUGGGUGUGAUAGAGCUGCUCCAUGGAGUGUUAUUCUAGAUGGACUCAACUUUAUUGCGACAGAAGUUGCUGAGCGAAGAAGACCUGCUAUCGUGAGUAUGGCUCUUAGCGGUAGUGUGCAUUCAUCCCUUAACACAGCAAUUGCAACUUUGCACAACGACAGAAACGUGUUGAUUGUAGGCUCUGCUGGAAACUCUCAAAGUGAUGCCUGUAUGUCUUCUCCUGCUAAUAACAGUUUUGUAUUGAGGGUUGGUGCAAGUACUCUUAGUGAUAAAAUAUACGAAAAAUCAAAUUAUGGUACUUGUGUGGAUGUAUUUGCCCCUGGGGAGCAAAUCAUAGGAGCUGAUAUUUCUUGCGCAACAUGCACAACUGAGAAUAGGAGUGGCACUAGUUUGGCUUCUUCCCUUGUAUGUGGAAUAGCAGCCGCUCAUCUUUCUCGUUCACCACUAAUGCAGCCGUUUGAGCUUAAGCAAAAAGUAAUUGAAUUGUCUUCUAAGAACAUUCUAAGUUUCCCAAGCCCAUCCAAUACUUCUAAUAACAGACUGGUCAAUUUUGAUUGUGGAGGUACAUUUACGCUAUCCAGGGUUUCAGGAGAGGUGGUCAUUGUAUCUACCAAUUUCCCCAAACCGUACCAAAACAACUUGAAGUGUACAUGGACUAUACAUGCUCCAAUCGAGAGCUAUGCCUACAUCGAGUUUGAUUUCCUCAAAAUAGAACACAAGUAUGACCAGCUGAAGGUGUGCAAUGGAAAAUCAUGCUCGGAAAAAGAUGCUCAAGUAGCGGUGUUGUCAGGUGAUUAUGGAGAAGUUGCUUGUGGCUACGCUUCUACUGGCAACUUCCUCACACUUGAGUUCACUACUGAUGGUACAACUACCUCAACUGGAUUCAGAGCAAAAUGUAUGGCGGAGAAAAGACCAAUACAGCUUGUUGACUGUAAAUUGUCCAAGAAUAAGACAAUAUUGCAGUUUGAUGUGGAGAGCCAUGGAAUCAACGUUGGGAACCGCUUUUCAAUAAGCAAGGACUGGCAUGUGGUGUUUGGGGGAAGGAGGCAAGGUAUGAACAUGGCUGUUAUUGACGAAGUUUCUGGCAAAGUUGUACUAAUGGAGAAUUUCGAUAGCAGCGCAGGUUUAAUUAUGUUAUCACAAACCAUUGAGAAUUUGCAUCCUGGUGCUUUUGUCGUACUUGGGUCUAGCGGAAAUGCAGCCAGUGGUCUAGACGAACGAGCAAGACGGGCCUUGAGCACAUUAGGCUCUACGUAUUUUAACAGCAUUAAUACUCUUACUUCAUGGGCACUGAUUGGAAUCAAAGGCUUAGCAAGAGGAAGAGCUGUCGAGAGUUUGAGUGAACAUUUUGCUGUCAAUGUUUCCACCCAAGUCAAACUUCAGCCGAGACACGAGUAUGGAUUGCGCAUAUCUGUUAUUUCCGGUGGGAAGCAAGGUGGUGGUGAUAUUGCUAACAUUACAAUUGAUGGAAAGGAGGUGAAAAUUACCAGUGAUGAAAAGAGUAAUAUCGGACUUAAUGUAGUUGUUAUUAACGAAAAGUCAGGAGAAAUUUUGGACACAAAGGUAUUCAAUACCAAUUCCGAAGCCUUUUCAGAUUAUUCACCUUCUGAAGCAUUUGUGGACUUCAUUAAUGCAUUACCUAUAGGGCGUGUUGUAGCCAUUGCUAUCAAAGGAGAUGCUAUUACUCAUUUAACAGAGGAGGCGAAGCGUGCGUGUGAAAAAAUUGGAAGUAGACUGAUUCGAUAUGCUCGUGUUGACAGGUCUUGGGCUAUCAUCGGACGAAAGAAUGCUUUACCGGGAGAAGUAGCUGAGUCAGUUAAAUACAGCUAUCAAGCAUGGGCAACUCUCUACCUACCUGUUAAUGAAAGCAAGAAUACAAGCUCUUAUUGCAAGAUCUCUGUUAGCUCAAGCACAGGCUCAUCUCGUUCAUGUAGCUAUUCUGGAAAUAUCGGAACUUUUAUCACCAUUGGAAAUAGCACUUUCCCAUCCAAUUUGUGCCCAGGAAUUGGAAUUACUUUUGGUUUGGUGAAUGAAGAUAGCUGUACGUUCGAACGAACUGUGACAUACGACACCAAUUCAUACUCUUGGCGAUACCGCUAUGGGAACAACUACGCUCGAGAUUUUAUCAAUACGAUCAAAAAUGGGCGCAUCGUCGUUGCAACUAUCAGUCAUGAAGGCUCUAAUGGAAUUGAUAACACUGGAAGAGCAGCUCUGGAGUUGAUAGGUAGUGCCCACAUUAGAAAUGUUGGAGCUUAUCAUGCUUGGGCUAUCAUUGGAAGGAAAGGAGCGGCCCCAGGUUCAGUACCAGAGUUCCAUAAUGAUGGUAGCUCCCCAUACACGGCUGCAAUCAGUGCUAAAGUGCCUCUCACUGUGCCUGAGCUCCCUAUCGUUAGCAGCUGUGAAGAUUCGAUCUAUCCUCUCAAUUGUCGUGCUGGGAUAUAACUGUGUACUGAAUAGCAUAGAUAGUAUAUACCAAAACAUUGUGAUAACUACCCUGAGGGGCUUAGAAUGUGUCUUGUUAGGUUUUGUCUAUCUGGUAAAU